AUGUCGGCUCCUGGUGUGUCUGGGAUGGUCCAGCAGGUACGACGCUUCACUACUUCAGUGGGCAGACCAUUUGCCAAACUUGUCAGGCCUCCAAUUCAAGUAUAUGGUCUAGAAGGUCGAGAUGCCACUGAUCUUUAUUCUGCUGCAUCUAAGCAGAAUAAAUUGGAUGUGGUAGAAAACGAGUUGCUCAGAGUAACAAAACUUUUGAAGGAAUCCAAAACGAUUGCUUCUAUUAUGAAUCCCCAUAUAAAGUGUUCUGUUAAGGUAAAAACCCUAAAUGACAUAAUUGCAAAAGAGAAGUUUUCUCCCAUCACAACCAACCUCUUGAAAGUGCUUGCUGAAAAUGGUCGCUUAAACAAUACCCCAGGAGUCAUUUCAGCAUUUUUUACCAUGAUGAGUGUGCAUCGUGGGGAAGUACAAUGCUCAGUUACUACUGCAUCUACUUUAGAUGAAGCAACUCUUUCAGAAUUAAAAACAGCCCUGAACAGCUUCUUAAGUAAAGGCCAAGUUCUGAAAAUUGAGGUUAAGACUGAUCCUUCAAUCAUGGGAAGAAUGAUUGUUCAUAUUGGAGAGAAAUAUGUUGAUAUGUCUGCAAGAAGCAAGAUCCAGAAGCUAAGCAGGAUUAUGAAUGAAACUAUUUGA